AUGCUGGAAGUUCACAUCCCGUCGGCGGGGCCCGAGGCCGAGGGCACCCGGCAGAGCCCCGAGAAAGGCCACAUGGUGUUCCGAGUGGAGGUACUGUGCCGCGGGCGCAGACACGUCGUGCAGAGGCGCUACAGCGAGUUCCACGCGCUCCACAAGCGGAUCAAGAAACUGUACAAAGUGCCGGACUUCCCCUCGAAACGCCUGCCCAACUGGAGGACCAGAGGGCUGGAGCAGCGGCGGCAGGGCUUGGAGGCCUAUAUCCAGGGCAUCCUAUAUUUGAACCAGGAUGUGCCCAAGGAACUACUGGAAUUCCUGAGUCUCCGGCACUGGCCCACAGACCCCAAGGCAGGCAACUGGGGCUCCCUGGGGGAGUGCCUGCCUGGCAACAACGGCUCGCAGCUGUAUCACCGGCCUGUCGUCAGCUUCCCCAUGGAUCCUUACAUUUGCAUCCCAUCCCCAGAGCCUCUGCCCAACGUGGUGGUGCACGGUGUGCUCCAGGGCCUCUAUGGCUUCAAUGCCAGCACAGCCGAAGCCCAGCCGGAGGCCGCCCGUCACCCUGCUCCAAUGCCACUGACGCCCUGACCAGCGCAGCUUUUAGGCCACCUGCCAGAACAAUCAUGUGCCUCAGUCCUCAAGCUGGGUCACCCUUGGCCUGGACCCAGGACUCGCCAAUCUCCACCCCUCUGGGCUCAGAACUCAGCUGCACUGGUAUCUGAGGUAGUGGAAUCCUAGAACUUAGGGGCCAGAGCAGGGACAAGAGAGAGUAGGGAAUCAAGGGAGAAUUCCUUUAUAACUUUCAUAGCCCACCAAUCUGCCUGCACUGCAGGACACUCAGGUUCGGGAAGAUCCCCUAGAAAAGGGAAUGGCAACCCACUCUAGUAUUGCCUAGAGGACCCCAUGGACAGAGGAGUCGAGUGGCCUACAGUCCAUGGGGUUGCAAAGAGUCAGACACUGAGUGACCAGCACUUUCAUGAAAAGGUGCAGGUGCAUGCUCUCCCCUCCCCCUACACUAGGAGGAGGGGAGGGCGUGCAAAGGUUGAGGCUCAGCAGCUGGCGAAGUUUCGAAGCCAAGUGGCAGAAGCUCCGCCUUGAGGUUUUGUGCACAACACCUGGGGAAGGGUGCAGGCGCCCGAGGAGGGGACUGGCACCACUGCCACAGGGGCCCCAGUCCAGCUGGCGCUAGACUUGGAAGGAGUUGCUGAAGGGCCCAGAACCCAGCGCAUACACAGAUUACUAAAAAAAAAAA